AUGCCCUCAUUCGACGAGGUGUUGAAGGAAGCUGGGGAAUUUGGACGGUUUCAGAAAAGAGUCUUUUUCCUCCUUUGCCAGACUGGCGUCACUUUUUCCUUCCUAUUCACCAGUGUGGUUUUCCUGGGGCAGGCGCCGGGCAACUACUGGUGCAGAAUCCCUGGGGCAGCCGAAUUAAGUAAAAGAUGCGACUGGUCACUCGAAGAGGAGCAGAACUUCACCCUGCUGCCUCUGCGCCUGGCAAACGGCUCGGCCAGCGGGCAGUGCGAGCGGCUGGAUAUCUCCUGGGACACCUCCACCAGCUGUGCCAGCCCCCUCACCCACCGCCCCAAUGUCAGCACGGGCAGCCCACGGCUCGCAGCCUGCCAGGGCAGCUGGGUGUACCACCAGCCCCACUCAUCCAUCGUCAGUGAGUAUAACCUUGUGUGCGGCCACUCCUGGAUGCUAGAUCUCUCACAGGCUAUCCUCAAUCUGGGGUUUCUGGCUGGUGCAUUCACCCUCGGCUACGCGGCAGACAGAUAUGGCAGAAUCCUCAUCUAUCUGCUCUCCUGCCUUGGGGAUGGGAUAUGUGGAAUCAUAGUAGCAUUCGCUCCAAACUUUACUGUAUUUUUGAUCUUCCGUUUUCUCCAAGGUGUGUUUGCCAAGGGAACCUGGAUGACAUGCUAUGUGAUCGUGACAGAGAUCGUUGGUUCUUCCCAGCGGAUCAUUGGGAUCGUGAUACAGAUAUUUUUCACCCUGGGAAUUAUGAUUCUUCCUGGAAUUGCCUACUUGGUUCCCACUUGGCAGGGGAUCCAGCUGGCCAUUUCACUGCCCAACUUCCUUUUCCUGGUCUACUACUGGUUCGUUCCUGAAUCUCCACGUUGGCUCCUGACACGCAAAAAAGGAGAGAAGGCAUUAAAAAUCAUGCAUGACAUUGCAAAACACAAUGGGAAAUAUCUCUCACCACAUUACUCAGAGAUCACUGUUAGCAACGCAGAGGUCAGCAAUCCCUCCUUUCUGGAUCUGGUGAGGACACCUCAGAUGAGGAGAAACACGCUUAUCCUGAUGUAUGCCUGGUUCACAAGUGCCCUGAUCUACCAAGGGCUUGUCAUGCGCCUAGGAAUUGUUGGAGGAAACCUCUACCUGGACUUCUUCAUUUCAGGAGCUGUUGAGCUGCCUGCUGCUCUCCUAAUUUUAGUGACAAUUGAUCGCUUUGGCCGGCGACUUCCCUUCGCAAUAAGCAACUUUGUGGCAGGAAUUGCAUGUCUCAUUACUGCCUUCUUGCCAGAAGAUAUCCCAUGGUUCAAAACCACGGUGGCCACGCUGGGAAGGCUGGGCAUCACAAUCGCUUUUGAAAUCGUCUACCUUGUGAACUCUGAGUUAUACCCAACAAUACUGAGAAACUUUGGUGUUUCCCUGUGCUCGAGUUUGUGUGACCUAGGUGGGAUCAUAGCCCCAUUCCUGCUUUUCCGAUUAGCAGCUGUUUGGUUGGAGCUACCUCUAAUUAUUUUCAGUAUUCUCGCAGUUGUCUGUGGGAUCCUAGUAAUGCUUUUACCAGAGACAAAGGGAGUCUCCUUACCAGAGACAGUGGAGGAUGUAGAGCAACUUUCAAGUCCUUAUGGUAAAUGUGGCAAGAAAAGGAAACAUCGGGACACCAACUCUUAUAUAUGAUCUUUGAAGGAUGGCACUGAAGAAAGAAUCAUGUUCCCACACUGGGAAUUUAUUCUCCACUUGCCGCCACUUUGAAGUUUGCUGCA